AAAAGGUCCUUGUUGUCAGUGUGGUCAGAAACACAGGCUCCUCCCCUGGUGUGACAGACAGAUAGAUCACAUCCUUCAACGAUUACAGACCGUUUUCUUAGCAAACGGUUCAUCGCGGUUAAAGUUACAGUGCACAUUUCAGGCUGGUGCCUCUGAACCAAACGCAUAAACGCUUCAUCAUCAGACAGAUACUGAACAAUGACUGGCUGAUCUGAAGCUGACAGCGUGGUGCCUGAGGCGGGGCUUACACUGGGGAUGUCUGAAAAUGUCAGUUCUGAGAACAAGGUGGCGCUGCUGCACCUGCGGCCAUGGAGAACUUCAGGAUCGGUUUCAGUGGAGUGUUUUCAUUCAUGUCAUAGCAAGCCGCUGGUACUCGCUAAAUUUAGAGGUGCUUCUGUGAUGGUGUAAAAAUAGCAGUGCGUCUUCAACACGGAGCAGUUACAGGCUGAGCUGUUAAACAUUAGAGCAGAAAAACAGAACGACCAACACGCGGACACCUUUUAUCUCAGCACCACCCCUCAAGUCAGGUCUGUCUCCAAGAUAACAAGAUGUUGUCCAACGAGAAGGAAAAGAGGACAUUCAGCAAUGGGCCACUAAGGGACCAAUGGGAGAAGAGAGCUCAGAGCAUAGCGGACCAAUGCAAACAGGAUGAGGAGUUUAAGCAGAAAAGCGCACUGAAAGUCUUGUUCUCAAAGUGGACUUAUCACUGGUCGGUUUCCAGUGCAGAGAUGUCGGACUUCAGCAAACUCAACAGGAACAAGGAGGAGGAAGAAAAAAAGCCAAAGAUUAGAUUCAAAAUUGGACCUCCCCCUCCUAAACCCAAACCCGAGCCUCCUCCAGCACCUCCUCCCAGAAGGCAGGCUCCUCCAAAAUCCCGCCGACCCAAACGCAAAGUGGAGGUGGAUGUUUUUGGCCUGUGCUGGAAAGAGUCCUGGAAGAGUCUGAAACCUCCAAAGUAUCUGUAUCUGAAGCCCAAAGAGUCCAAAAGUAGAAUCUCAAGAUUCACCUGCAUAGAAGUGAGUGACAACAGGAAGUACAAAGCAACAAUAACCAACCCUGACAUGAAGCAGACUGAUGCUAAAUGGAGUCAGUCGUGGAAACAGGUGAAGAGUCUGGUUCUUAAAGAGUGUUCAGAGGAUGAACUACUUCCGUGGGAGAUUAUAUUUGAAAGAAAAUUGACUAAUUCAGCUGAAAUAGAAAAUUAUUCUCUGCCUCUGUGGGCCAGAACAUGGAAGUACAUAAACUUUGCUUUUCGACAAGAGAAACAGAUGUGGGACUGUAUUUGGCCCAUUUACCAACAAAACAUUUUCGCAGAGACACAGAAUCUUCAAAUUGACAAGCAGGUGGCAUCUUUGAACUGGAAAGACUCAUGGAAGCUGCAUCCAGCUGAUUUCAGCAACCCUGCAGACGACACCACAGCGAUGGUCCAGGUCUUCCAGCCCGGCUGGAAGCGGUCCUGGCUCUUUUCUUCACCUCCGCUUGAUGAAAAAGAAGAACUUAACCAGGACUGGUGGUCCUGCUGGGGAUACUGGCAACUCCUCAGGUGGUGCAAAGCUUCGUGGGAGUCCCACCGGCGAUACAGUGACAUGCUAACAAGGAGACGCAAAUCCACAAACAUCUUCCUCACAUUACCACUCAAUGAUGAGUUCUACACCAGAGAGUGGGUGGAGGCCUGGAGGAGCCCCAAAGGUUCACAGAGAUCAGAGACGCACACAGAGUUUGAAACAGAGGAGGAGGAAGAUGAGGAGGAAACCAAAGAGAAGGACAAAGACAUGGAUGAGAUUACAGAAAAAUAUGCAAAGAAAGUCAAAGCGGAAGAAGAUGAUGAAGACAAAGUUAAGGUGGAUGAUGAUCUACUUGAGGAAGUAGAAGACGAGGAUGAGGAUGAAGAUGAUAGUGAUGCAAUUGUGAACGAUGGGGAGCAUAAGGAAGGGGAAAAAGAGGACAGAAACCAGGACAAUGAAAAAAGUGAUGAGGAUAAUGAAAGCAAUGAAGAGGAUGAAGAUGAGGAGGAAGAAGAAAAGGACCAGGAUGCAGGCAAAAAAGAAGAAGAGUUAGACACAAAGGAAAGGAGGAAAGAAGCAGUUGAACAGGAAGACUAUGAAGAGGAGAACAAAAAUGAAGAGGAGUUAAGAGAGGAGGAUGAAGCAGAAGAGGAAGAUGAAGCAGUAGAUGAGGGGGAUGAAGCUGAAGACGAGGAUGCUGUAGUAGAUGAGGAGGAUGAAGCAGAGAAAGACAAAAAUGAUGGAGAGGUGAAUUUGAAGGAGAAAGAAUUAAGUGACCAGCAGGACAAAGUAAAGGUCAGUGAGGAUGAGGUGAGAGACGAGGAACAGACGAUCGCAAUCACGACAAAGGAUGACAAAGAAACAGCCCCUGAGAAACAGAAGGACAAGAAAGAAAAGAUGAACGAGAGGUUGAGGAUAAGAAAGCGAAAUGUCCCGCUCCAUCUGCAGUUCCACAAACUCAACAAGACCCUGUCCUCAUGGACUCACUCCUGGAUCUUAGCGUUACCUUACAGAGGAGAUUAUGAACAGGAGGAUGACGAGGAGGACGAUGAGUUGUCAGCUUGGAAAGACUCGUGGAAGAUUUGCCAUUUGAAGAAACAGGAGGACGACGUGGUGUUUUUGUACACCGAGCGUACAAGUCCAAAGCUUAUCAGGCUGACAGACGAGGAGGACAAAAGGAUGAAGAACGAAUGGAUGACAAGUUGGAAGAUGAACCAAACUUCAGUGAGGGAGGAAGGGGACGAGGAAGAAGACGACAACAGAAUGAUUGCAGCAUCUCUCUGAGUUUUGAGGUUCUAGAGUCUGCAUGUUCUUCA